GUAUGUGUGUGUGUGUGUGCGCGCGCGCGCUGUGUGUGUGUUGGACGGGGCCUAUGGACAGUAGAGUUGCAGGCUGUUGGAGGGCAAAGUUUAUAGCGGAUCGUGUAUCUCGUGCUCUUAUCAGCACCGAGGUCGGACAGACGAGCUUCAGCCGCAGCAGAGCUGCGGGACUCGGAGCCGGUGUGUGAGCACAUCCAGCAUGUAGCCAGGACUCAGGACAGCUGCGUUAUCCUGCGUAUGUCUAACGUCUUAUAUUUAACGAGCCAUUUAACCUUAAAUGAAGAAUGUUGAACCUAUUUUUGGACGUGUGUGUGACUGUCAGUGUUGUUGUCUGCGUAGCUGUUGUAUUUGAGGCUGUUCUCUCUCUGCCGUGGCCCUCUGUUUGAUCCCGUCCACUGCACAGAUCCGCGCCCCGGUGACCCGCUUCAGCCAUGGGUGGGAGUCUGGGUUGCCACCGCUCCAUUCCCAAGGACCCCACAGACUUCAGCUGCGCAAAGCGCAAAUUCAGCGCUGCGUGUAACUUCGGUCACAUCCUGGUGAACCAGGAGCGACUGAACAUCAACACAGCCACCGAGGAGGAACUCAUGACUCUCCCUGGAGUCAACCGUACUGUGGCUCAGAAUAUCGUGGAGUACCGAGACUGUAUCGGGGGGUUUAAAAAGGUGGAGGACCUGGCUCUGGUGAGCGGCAUCGGCGCCACCAAACUGGAAGCGAUCAAACUGGAAAUAUGCGUCUCCAGCAGGACCAGUUCAUCUCAACACUCCCCGUCCUCCCUGCGCAAAGACCUGGAUCACCAGUCCUGCACCGGGAUAAACAUUAAUACCGCCACUCCGGCGCAACUCAUGAGUAUCCGAGGCAUCUCGGAGAAGAUAGCCAAGAACAUUGUGGUCUACCGGGCAGAACACGGCCCCUUCAAAAGCAUCGAGGACCUGGUGAGGGUCAACCACAUCAACAGCUCCUUGCUGGACAAAAUCCGCUUCCAGGUGUUCGUAGAGCGUUCCAGGGCGCCGUCCACCAACACUAACGGAGGGCUUACUUGCACCACCAAGUCCCACCCCAGCCCGACUUCAUUCAGCUUCAGAAGCGACGACCUGGACCUCCCGCCCGGAGGACCGACCCAGAUCAUCUCUGUGCGGCCAAACGUCGAGCCCCCGCCUGGGCUGCGGGACGGGAGGCCCGUGAUGCGGCUGGCUACCUGGAGCCUGCAGGGCUGCUCCUGUGACAAGGCCAACAACCCGGGGGUCAAAGAGGUGGUGUGCAUGACCCUACUGGAGAAUGACAUCAAGUUACUGGCAGUGCAGGACCUGCUGGAGAGGGAGGCUCUUGAUAAGUUCUGUGCAGAAUUAAAUCAAGGAACGCUGGCCAGCGUACGGAAUUGGAAAUGGCCACGAGGCCUGUGGAAAAGCAUUGUGUCUGAAAAACCCAUUGGGCACUCCAGCAAGGGAGUGAGCUACUGUGGUUUUCUGUGGGACAGCUCAUCUGGUAUUGAUCUGAAGGAUGCUGCAGUCCUGGAGUCCUCUGCUGUCACUGGCAAUGGAAAUUAUACCUACCCUCACUUCUACCUGGCUCACUUCUUUGUUGGUUCAUAUGAACUGACAGUGGUGAACGUCCACAUGCAGGGUGCAGCCUCACCAGGAGAGUCCAAUGGCAAAAACCACAACACAGAUGAAGUCAAGUGUCAGUGCCUCUCCCCAAGUAUCCACGAAACACUCAAAGGUGAGAAGGAGUUGGUGAUGCUGGGAGAUUUUGGUUCCCCCCCUCAGAGCUCAGAGCUGGACAUGCUGAGAAAAGAGAAGUUCUGUGCCCUGGUACCAUCCACCCAGUUCACCAACAUCAGCACCCGCUCACCACAGGGCACCCACUGCCUGGAUAACAUCUGGGUCAGCCGCUCCCUCAAGAAGAUCUGCUCUGGCCACUGCAAGGUAGUGCGGGAGGGUUUGACUAACCCCUGGAUCCCAGAUAACUGGUCAUGGGGCGGCGUGGUGUCAGAUCACUGCCCUGUGGUGGCAGAGUUUUAUGCAGAUGUAGCUCCAAAAGAGCUGAGCAGGCCUGGUAUGGCAGUGGUGGACAGAGGAGACAUUGUGCCCAAACAUGAACGGUGACAACAUCCGCAGUCACAGCAUACACAGCAUACACAGCACAGUGGUGGGUGACGUCAGAAUGACUUUGUCCUGACUGGAUCCUGCUUUAUCUUGGUUUGCCAUGGAGUAAGGAGAAUGUGAAGAGGUGCCAAGAUUGCCUUUUGGUUUUCAGUUUAUCAGUGUACGAUAGCAACUGGUAAGUCAUAGAACUAUACAAAUGUUCAAACAAAAAAUAUAUAUUGUACUUAAAAAAGAAAUGUGCCAAACAUUUUCUAUAAGUAAAUGAAAUAAAGAGAAAUUAAUAUA